ACUUGAUAACCGCCUUUAGCAAACAGAAUAGAAAAUUAUACACACACACAGAGAGUGUGUAAGUAUGUAUGUAUAUAAGUAACCAAGAAACCAAGAAACCAAAGUUGUUAACUGAUCUUCCGUAAUCAAUCACCAUCCUCUCAUCUCUUCUCUUCAAACCCCCCUUUCUAUAUCUAUCUCUCUAUCUAUACAUACAAGCAAUUUCAUCUAAACCCUGUGUCUCUCAAUCUGCAAUUGAUUCAAUCUUGGAUCAAUCAUGGUGGAAACUAGGCGAGGAUCGUCUUCGUCCAAGCGGCCGUUGCCCUCGCAAUCCUCAUCGCCGGUGCCGAAUAGUAAACGCUCAAAGGCGGUGGAUGAAUCGUCGUCGAAUAACGAAGCUAAAACCCUAGAUCCGGAGAAGAAUUUGGGUGAUCAGGAGGCGAAAUCGGUUGAUAAGGGCAAGAGGAAGGCUGAUGAGGAGCAGCCGGAUAAUUCGACUGAUGCUGUUGUUGUGGGGGAGCCGGUUGUGUCUCCGAUGUCGUUAGGUCGAUCUUUGUAUAAGGCGAGGACUGGUGGGUAUGUGUUGAAUCGGGGAAAGAAACGGCAAGUGAAACCAGAGGUUGGAGUUGCAUGGGGGAAGCUCAUUUCCCAGUAUUCCAAGAAUCCCCACAUUGUUAUUCAUCAGCCUUUUUUUACGGUUGGUCAAGGUCAUCACUGUGACUUGUCUGUAGGAGAUCCAUCUAUCAGUAAGACAUUGUGUAACUUGAGGCAUGUAGAUGCGAAGACGUUUCUUACAAUCACCGGCGCAAAAGGGUAUGUCAAAUUAAACGGAAAGGUUUGCCCCAGGCAAACUUGUCUCCCUUUGAAUGGAGGUGAUGAGGUGAUUUUCAGUCCAACUGGACAUGCUUAUAUAUUUCAACAACUCACAGAUAAUAACUCUGUUUCUGAUGGAACGCCUCCUUCAGUACGGGUGUUGGAAUCACAUAGUGGCAGUUUUAAAGGGUUACAGUUGGAGGACGGGGUUAGAGAUCCUUCUGCUGUUGCAGGAGCUUCAGUAUUAGCAACAUUAUCUAAUAUCCCAAAGGAAUUCUCUCUACUUCCUCCCCCUUCUCCACCUGAACUGCCCCCACUUCUUUCUCCCUGUAAAGUUUCAGAUAACGGUAAUGUGGAUGCUGAUAUGGACGCGGUGGAUCAUUGUGGGGGGGCUGAUGCUUCAUUACCUGAGAAAACGUCUGUUCUUUCUAUGACUACCAAUAAUAUUAAUCACGACACUGGUCUAGAAGCUUCUGUUGAUGCAGACACAAGGCAGGUUCCCGCGGUAACUAAUAGGCCCACACAGGGUUCCCCUAUGCUCGCAGGAUCAGCCACGCCCGAGUUUGAUUUGACCGGUAGCAUCUCUAAAAUACUUGAUUUUCAACUGGAAGCUGGAGAAUCUAAGGAUAUCAGUCCAAUAUUAUUGUUAAGGAGGCUUCAACUGUACAAAAAUGGCUUACAACAAAGAAUUCUCAAAUCUGAGGACAUUGAUGUGUCGUUUGAAAGUUUUCCAUAUUAUUUAAGUGAGAGUACAAAAAAUGUUCUGGUUGCUUCAACCUUCAUACAUUUGAAGUGUAAUAGAUUUUCGAAGAUAGCUGCAAAUCUGCCUACAGUGUGCCCAAGGAUUUUAUUAUCUGGUCCUGCAGGUUCGGAAAUAUACCAAGAGACACUGGUUAAGGGGCUUGCCAAACAUUUCGGCGCUACACUUAUAUUAGCUGAUUCUCUCCUACUCCCUGGGGGACCCGCUACAAAGGAACUUGAUCCGUUAAAAGAAUGUUCGAGGCCUGAAAGAGCAAGUGUAUUUGCCAAACGCGCUCAGGCCACUGCAUUGCAUCUGAAGAGGCCAGCUUCUAGUCGGGAGGCUGAUGUCACUGGUGGGUGUAACCUUGGUUCUCAAGCGCAACCUAAGCAAGACGCGUCUACUGCCUCAUCCAGACCUUACACUUUUAAGAAAGGUGAUAGAGUAAAGUAUGUGGGCCCUCUACAAUCUGAAUUAUCACCAUUAAGGGGACCACAAUCUGGGUUUAAAGGCAAAGUGGUGCUUGCAUUUGAAGAAAACGGUUCAUCCAAGAUUGGGGUUAGAUUUGAUAGAUCAAUUGUAGAAGGUAAUGAUCUUGGGGGCCUUUGCGAAAAAGAUCAUGGUUUUUUUUGUGCAGCUGGCUCGCUUCGUCCUGAAUCUGGCAGUAGCGGUGAGGCUGAAAGACUUGCAAUUAAUGAACUCUUCCGGGUUGCUAUAGAAGAAAGUAAAAGGUGUGCAGUAAUUUUGUUUGUGAAAGACGUAGAGAAGUCUUUACUGGGGAAUACAGAGGCAUAUGGAUCUUUUAAGAUUAAGAUUGAAAGUUUACCAGGCAAUGUAGUUGUCAUUGCUUCACAUACACAAGUGGAUGAUCAGAAGGAGAAAUACAAUCCCGGCAGUCUUCUGUUUACCAAGUUUGGAAGCAAUCAAACAUCUCUAUUUGACGCUUUCCGGGGGACUCUUGGUCGAAUGCACGAAAAAAGCAAAGAAACCCCAAAAACAGUGAAGCAGAUCACCCGGCUAUUCCCUAAUAAAGUAUCAAUUGAGAUGCCUCAGGAUGAAUCACUGCUCUCGGAGUGGAAACAGAAGCUGGAUCGCGACAUAGAAACUUUAAGAUCCCAGUCAAAUUUAGUCACCAUGCGCUCAGUUUUAAACAGAACUGCAAUUGAUUGCCCCGAUCUUGAAGCAUUAUCCGUGAAGGAUGAAACUUUGAAUUCUGAAAGUGCAGAGAAAGUUAUUGGUUGGGCUUUGAGUCAUCACUUGAUGCAUUCUUCCGAAGCUUCCAUCAAAGAUGCCAAAGUUUUGUUAUCCAUUGAAAGUAUUAGGUAUGGGUUAAAGAUAUUAGAAGGUAUUCAAAACGAAGACAAGAAUCUGAAGAAUUCACUCCAGGAUGUGGUUACUGACAAUGAAUUUGAGAAGCGACUACUUGGGGAAGUUAUUCCACCAAGUGAUAUCGGCGUUACCUUUGAUGAUAUUGGAGCUCUUGAAAAUGUAAAAGAUACCUUGAAGGAAUUGGUAAUGUUACCUCUUCAAAGACCUGAACUGUUCUGUAAAGGACAGCUAACUAAGCCCUGCAAGGGAAUACUGCUUUUUGGACCUCCUGGUACUGGCAAGACUAUGCUUGCAAAAGCUGUUGCUACUGAGGCUGGUGCAAACUUCAUAAAUAUAUCCAUGUCUAGCAUCGCCUCAAAAUGGUUUGGCGAGGGAGAGAAGUAUGUUAAGGCCGUCUUCAGUCUGGCUAGUAAAAUCGCUCCUAGUGUAGUUUUUGUUGAUGAGGUUGACAGUAUGUUAGGAAGGCGUGAGAACCCUGGAGAACACGAAGCAAUGCGUAAAAUGAAGAAUGAGUUCAUGAUGAACUGGGAUGGUUUGCGCACAAAGGAUAAGGAACGGGUACUAGUCCUUGCUGCAACCAAUAGACCUUUUGACCUUGAUGAGGCUGUCGUGCGGCGGCUACCUCGUAGAUUGAUGGUCAACCUCCCAGAUGCCACAAAUAGAGAGAAGAUUUUACGUGUUAUAUUGGCGAAGGAAGAGUUGGGACCUAAUGUGCGUCUUGAAGAAAUAGCUAGUAUGACUGAUGGAUAUUCAGGAAGUGAUUUAAAGAAUCUUUGCGUGACAGCUGCUCAUUGUCCAAUUAGAGAAAUUUUGGAGAAAGAAAAGAAGGAAAAGGCUUUGGCUUUGGCGAAAAAUGAACCGCUGCCUGCAUUAUUUAGCAGUGCUGAUAUUCGUCCUUUGAGUAUGGAUGAUUUUAGAUAUGCUCAGGAACAGGUAUGUGCAAGCGUGUCAUCUGAGACUACAAAUAUGAACGAGCUUCUCCAGUGGAAUGACUUGUAUGGUGAAGGUGGAUCGAGAAAGAAGUCCUCUCUUAGCUAUUUCAUGUAGAGGAAGCAGACAAAUGUAUAGCAAUUAACUUUUUUUUUCCCAACUUCGAGUUUCAAUGUUGGUGUUAGAAGUAUCCAAGGGAACACCAAUGCAGGUUCCCAACAUCCAGAUCUCUUUCCCUGUUAGGCAUGUGUAUUAUAUCUCUAGUUUGUAGAGUAAUCCCCACCCAUAGAAGAAUUGACUUAUUAAUAGAGUUUUUUCCCGCCCAUAUAAGAAUGAAGUUAUAGCCCCACCAUGUCCCAGUGCUGGUUUUUGCAUAGGUCCUGUUCUCUGAUGUACAUACAAUCUAGGCAGUUUUAAUAAGUUAUGCAGUAGUGACUAAGAUUUGGAUAUU